AUGUUUUACUCGCAGAUUAUCUUAGCGAAGAAAGGACCAUUAGGUAAAAUCUGGCUUGCUGCUCAUUGGGAUAAAAAGCUUAAUAAACAGCAAAUUUUUACAACGGAUAUUCACAGCUCUGUCCAAAGUAUUGUAAACCCUCAAGUACCAUUAGCGCUUCGUGUAUCCGGUCAUUUAUUACUUGGUGUUGUGCGUAUUUAUUCACGCAAGGUGAAAUAUUUAUACUCGGAUUGCAAUGAAGCAUUGGUUAAAAUUAAACUUGCAUUUCGUCCUGGAAUUGUGGAUUUACCGGUUACGAAUCAACAAGCAGCACCACAUACAAUCAACGUUUCUAAUUUUGGUGAAUUUGAAGCAGAAGUUACCUAUUCUAUCAAGGCUCUCUCAGUGCCAUCAUUGGACGAAUGGAUUGCUGCAUCUAGUCAAACAAUCGCAAGACAACAGGAUAUUACAUUGGCUGAUUCAUUAAACCGAACAAACGAUGCAGAAAAUGAUGUCAUUGCUAUGGAAGAUUCAUUUGGUGGUGAAGAUGGAGGAGAGUGGCAAGCAUUUGAUCUAGAUGAUAAUUUUGGCAACUCUGGACUUGAUACUAGUGGUGUCAGCGAUAUUGAAGUUGCUCGUGAAGCGGAUGCACCCAUGUUGCCACUGGAUGACUCGGCGAUACUAAAUCUUGGAGAUAAAUCUUUAGACCAAAGCUCGUUGGAUAAGGAUGGAGAACAGCCAGAGUUUGGACUCAAUGAUGCGUCGUUUGAAAUGCCUGUUGACAAUGUAAUCGAGAUUGAAAAUCCUCUUGCUGACACGGCGGACAUUAGCGGCGGAACGUUGGAUAUCAGUGUGGACAUGAAUGCUAGCACUAAUAGCUCGACGCGUGCAUCGUUGGAUGCUGCGUUGGCUAAUGUUGAAGUCGAGUCACGACCCAAGAAGAAAAGGAAAGUUGCUCGAGACAGCGUCACAGAGUUGGCUUCAACAUUUCUAAAACAGGGAAUGGACGAUACUUCUGACAUUAUUCGCACACGAGAAAUCGAGUACACUAAAGACUCUAAAAGCAAAAGUGGCUUGGACUUUCAGAUUGGAGCGAACAUGUUUCUACGGCCUUGUAUGGUUGACAUGUCUAAAGAGUUGCUGAGCAUGUUCAAGGUCACGAUGAAGAAGCGAAAGUUUCCGUUUGGUUCCAAGCAAAAAGAGUCAAACCAAGCAGAGGAUAUUGAGCUGACUCGACGCCUGAGCGCAAAUUCGCGCAUGAGCUCAAACUCGACUGGCUUGGACGUGACCGUCGGAUCGUGUGAUGGUUCUAUGCUGCAUGAGAUUGAAGAAGAAAACCAUUUCAAGGUUGCCGACAUGGGUCCAAGCGAACCCGAACGCUUGGAUGAAGGUUUUCCAGACUACGACAUUGGUGCACCAUUUGAGUUGGAAGGUCAAGAGGAAUUGGAAGAUUUGAACGUGGAUAUUGAGUUAGGCGCUGUAAAUGACAUUCGGGGCGAUGCAAAUGGCGCUACGGCGUUUCAUCAAGCUGAGGUUUUGACUGCUCAGCAUAAAUGGCAUCCACAUACUGUGAAGGUGAUGAAGGUGCUGCGGAAGUCGCUUAAAAACAACGAAGAGGUUACGUACAGGCAGCUUACUAAAAAGACCCAAGACCGACGAACAGCAGCCGCGCUAUUCUUUGAACUCCUACAGCUCAAGACUCUGGACUAUGUGGAUGUGGAGCAAGCUGCGCCGUUUUCUGACAUUAAGAUUUCCAAGGCUGGUCGGUUCUCGGAGUACAUUCCGUCAGUGGAUCGCGAUUCGAACUGA